AUGAUCCAUCACAAAAUAGAUAUUGCUCUAAUAUCUGAAGCACAUUGCAACAGCACAAGCAAUGUCAAAAUCAAAGGACAUAAAGUUUACUUCACCACUCACCCCGACGGUACAGCACAUGCUGGCACUGCUAUAAUAAUACACGACAAUAUAAAACACCAUAUUCAACCCGAAUUUAAGACAAGCUACGACAGUGACAAUGCCUGGUUGGAUGUUUCAUUGCUGGUGGUGACUGGAACUCAAAACAUACCCUCUGGGGCUCCAGAUUAA